GAAACGUAACAAUACGGAAGAGUAGGAAAAGGGACCAGUUCAAAGGAAUCACGAUUCCUCUCUCAUGUUCACGCUGCGCAGCAAGGCAUUCACGGCGGAUGACGUAGAAGCGCUAGUAUCUUUGCUACGACUGUCUGCUGCCACUAGCAAGGUUGCUAUUGAUCUAGCUAGCUUCGUAGUAAAGAUGUCUGAUAUGGAAGAUGACUUCAUGUGCGAUGAUGAAGAGGAUUAUGAUCUGGUAAACUCCUCAGAAGAAUACUCAGAGGACAGCAACUCUGAGCCCAAUGUUGAUUUAGAGAAUCAAUACUACAAUUCAAAGGCUCUGAAGGAGGAUGACCCCAAAGCAGCUCUCAUCAGCUUCCAGAAGGUCUUAGAGCUGGAGGGUGAGAAAGGAGAAUGGGGUUUCAAGGCCUUGAAACAAAUGAUUAAGAUUAACUUCAAACUGACAAAUUUCCCUGAAAUGAUGAACAGGUACAAGCAGCUGUUGACAUACAUCCGGAGUGCAGUUACAAGAAACUAUUCUGAAAAAUCCAUCAAUUCCAUCCUUGAUUAUAUCUCAACGUCAAAGCAGAUGGACUUGCUGCAAGAGUUUUAUGAAACAACGUUGGAUGCAUUAAAGGAUGCCAAAAACGACAGGCUUUGGUUUAAAACCAACACUAAACUUGGGAAGUUGUACCUGGAGAGAGAAGAGUAUGGUAAGCUUCAGAACAUCCUGAGGCAGCUGCACCAGUCCUGUCAGGUGAAGAAACACUCAUCAAUGCAAUCAGAGGUUUUCACAGAGGUCUUUACAGAGGUUUUACCACCAAAUCUAAUUCAGCAUUAUAACAUCAUAAUGAAAACAUUCUUGUGUGUUCUUAGUGACAAUAGAUCAUUGGAAUUAUAUUGUACGAUUGUAGCCUGGUCUGAGAUCUGUUUGUACUGUUUAGACAACUCCUGUGGUCGUUGUCGUGAACACAGGAGGCAAGAGAUCACAAACAGACCUGACGCUGGGCUAGUAUGAUUGUGGAAUCAUUCUGGAAAUCUAGAAUGCCCUGUUCGUCCUCAAGUGUCUGUGUGAAAUUAUCUCUCAAGUAUUUGUUCCAUGUUCUGUCUUGGUGUAUAGACGGAUGAUUAGUAGU